AUGGAUCAUUGGUUAUGGAGUGCUGAGGAUUUUUCUUUGGAUUCCUCUAAAGACGAAGUCUUUGUGACUUCAGUUGAUGGUAUCGGCCUGUACGAUGGAUCGAAAAAAACAGAUUGGCCCGAAGGCAAGGUUUUACUUUCUUCUCAUCGUCUUUUGUUUCAGCCCAAGCAUGGGGUGGGAAAGAGGGACGGCAAGAUUCCAUUCCUCGAGCUGGAUCUAGAAUCGGUUCGGAAGUCAGGGGUGUUGCCCACUAUGCGUAAAGGCUUGGUUUUCGCUAGCGACAAAGUUGUGCUACAUCUGCCGGAGGGCAAGUUUGUGCAACUUGCCUUCCGUAGCGGUGGUAUGAGUAAUUUUUUCACACAACUCAUUAGCGUUCUCGAUAAGGAGUUAUGGCGAAAUCCUCAACAGCGCUCAAAUCUAUCUAAAAGUGUCGUCACACAUCAACCAGUGGUACCCCAUGUCACAGCAGAUAGACCUGUGAAGAAUUCACAUUGUAUGAGUCGGCUACCCCCAGCCAAACACAUAGGAAUUGCAGGGGUGAUGCAAGUCACAUCUGGGGGCGCUACGCUGCAAGAAACCUUUAACGAUAUUGACGAUGUAAUGGCCAAGGCCUCUUCACUUGUUCAUAGUAUCAAGAGACUAAAGGAGCGUUCUGCCAUUGACAGUGGUAGUCGUCAAGGGGGACAAAAUGAGGAGGACAUGAUGGCUAUUGAAAGUAUUGAGUCCACACUUGGUUUGGGUACUAUGGUCCAGGUGGGCGACAAACAACGGAAGAAUCAUAGCAAUCAGCAACGACACUUCCAUAAAGAGCUUGCUGGGGAACUGCACGCGUGGUUGGUGCACCCUAAAAACGAACGCCUGUUUGGUGGGAUGCCACUUUUACCCUUAAUUGAACUCUUUUCUAUGUACAACAGAGCACGCAGUGGUGACUUAGUCUCACCAGAGGACGUCCUCAUGGCAUGCAGAGAAAUUAAUAAAUGGGAGUCGGGGGCGUUGUAUCGCUUAGAAACCCUUCCAUCAGGAUGCGUAGCCCUCAUACACAACAACCCAUUCAUUGCUAUGGCAAAGCUACCUAAGAUUAUCGGACCAAUGCUGAUAGCCACGCAUAAAACUAAUCUAAAAGCUCCAGACGAUGCUAUCACAGAGGAUACUAAGGCACAACUAACAAGAAAAAUAGAAACAACUAAGACAUUUCCUCGCUCUAGCGUGGAGCUCAAAUCAAUCAAUGACAUUCAGCUGGCGAGUUUGCUGCACAUUUCCGAAGCGGUAGCGCAUGACAUAUUGUAUAAACUUACCAUGCAAGGCUAUUUGUGCCUCUGUGAUCAUGGCUUUGGGUGCUCAAUAUACUAUUGGAAUAUCUUCGUUUUUUAA